UUUCCAAUGGCAAGGGAGUCGUCUUAUUAUCUUUGCUUCUUGUUGUGUGGUGUAAUAAUUUAAAAUUGUUUAAAUUUGAAAAAAUUUUAAAAUGCCACGAAUUCGAAAAUGUUGUGUGCGUGGGUGUAAUAACGAUAACAAAAAAUGCAAUGUGUUCAUUUGGCCGAAAAAUGAAAAAAUCGCAAGAAAGUGGUGCCGAAAUCUAGGCUUCGAGGGAAGAAAAAUAGCCAUCACAAACACGUUUGUUUGUGCAAUGCAUUUUGAGGAUUAUGCACUAGGGGCUAAGAGAUUAAAAAUUGGAGCUGUUCCUACUCUAAAACUUGGAAAAUCUGAUGAUGCUGUUUACUUGUCAAUAAAGAAGAGUAAUGAAGUACGGACCUGCUGUGCUAAGGGAUGUCCAUCGGAUGAAAAAGGCAUACUUUUUGCAUUCCCCGAUGAUGAGAUUGACUUCGAUAACUGGGUUUUAGCGUUAAAAAUAAGUACAUCAUACUCCGACCGAAGAAAGUUAUUUAUUUGUGACCGUCAUUUUGAUGUGGACUCUAUUAUAAAUAAGAAACUUAAGGAAGGAGCUAUCCCGAAGCAUAAUUUAUUUUAUGAAACUGUAGGUAAUUGUAGCAGCUUUUCUUCGAAUAGAGUCCUUCAACCUACUAAACGUCAGUACCUUGAUUCCUCAAAAUAUGUUCAAGAAUCUUGCGCAUGGAUUGCGCGAGCUUGUCAGCAGAGUGCUGAUAAGCAAAAUCAACGCAUAAAUGCGCUCAGAAAAUGUCAAGCUCUGGAGAAAAAUAUAAUUUUAACAGGAGAUGCAAAUAACACCUUCGCAAAAAUGAUUGUGAAGACGAAAAACUCCUACAACGAAAAGGAGAAGGCAAUGGCGUUGAACAUAAAUUAUGUGUCGACUAAGGCCUAUAAUUUUAUGCGCGACGACUUGGGGUUCGCAUUGCCCCACAAAAAAAACACUUUUGCGUUGGCAUCCGAUCCGGUUCAAGAGUUGUUACAACUGGCCUACAAUUAA